CACUAUAAAUAGGGUCUCUUGUAACCCUACGCAUCAUCUUCAAUAAUAAUAGUCCUCUCCUUCUCUUAUUCUUCUCUCUACACUCUAAACGGGUAUUUCCCCUUUCUGCCCACAAAACCCUACGGAGCCGCAAGCAUUCACGCCGGCAGCUUAAGGCCAUAGCCGGACCCUUUGCCGUUCCGGCGAUACAACUCGUAUCAUCUGGUGCUUUCAUUCUUGAACUCAUUGACGAUUUCAUGUCUACUCCUCAGGAUUCUUCCGCCGUCACUCUAGACGAUAUUAUGCAUGCUAUUAAUAACUUGAGCAACGACCUUCAAGCCACGAAACUCCGCGUGGCGGAACUUGCAACUCCCAAACAGCCGUUGCAGGAGCUGGAGCAACGCCGGCCGCCGGGCGUUCCCCAACCGGGUUGGCGGCCUCCUCCGUCACGGACUACUCCUCCGACGUUUGAUCCUACCCCGCGCAUGCGUGUCGACGCGCCCCGUUUCUCGGGCGAGGACCCCACGGGAUGGAUUUUCCGGGUACAAAAGUAUUUUGAUUAUUUUUUGACUCCCGAGCCGGAACGUUUUCAAUUGGUUGCCAUGUUAAUCGAUCAUCCGGCGUCCGAGUGGUUCCAUUAUUACCAGGCAAACAACAUCGAAGCCUCUUGGCAGGAGUUCUUAGAGGCUGUCCACCAACGAUUUGAUCCUGACUACUAUGAGAACUACGUUGGGCUCUUAUCCAAGCUUACACAGACGACCACCGUUAUGGAGUAUCAGACUGCUUUUGAGGCCAUUCUGAAUAAAGUUUCCGGGGUGCCCGAAUCAACGUUGGUUGCCAUGUACGUCGCCGGUCUUAAACAGCCGGUCCAGCGUGAACUCAAUCUCCGCAACCCAUCCACUCUUCAGGCUACCUUUGCUUUGGCACGCGAACUCUCGGCAUACGACGACGACGUUCCUUCACCUGACACCGAGACACCGGAGGACACCACGGACUCCGUGCAUAUCGCGGCUGACAUCUCCAGCAUGCAUUCCAUGACGGGUAGCCCGAGCCCACGCUCCCUCCGUUUAGCCGGUUUGGUGAAUCAUGGGGCUGUCCAGCAAGGGCAUCCUCUUGCCUUCUUUAGUAAAAAACUGGGUCCACGCCGCCGGGCGGCUUCCACCUACCACAAGGAACUUUAUGCAAUUGUGGAAGCGGUUCAGAAGUGGCGCCAGUACCUCUUGGGUCGCGAGUUCGUUAUACGGAGUGAUCAGCGAAGCCUCAAAGAGUUGCUCGCCCAAAUUGUCCAAACACCCGACCAACAAUUUUACCUCCGUAAGCUCAUGGGCUUUAAAUUUCGAAUCGAGUAUAAAAAAGGAGCGACCAACAGGGCUGCAGAUGCACUUUCGCGACGGGACUGUGAGGAGGAAACAGCUGGCCUCUUCAACACGUAUGCCCAACCGGUACCACACAUCAUGCAGGCAUUGCGAUGGGAAAAUGCCUCCCUGCCGGAUCUUCAAGAACUCCACUCGGCAGUGACCGCAGGUACAGCACCCUCGGACGUGUCUGCCCAUGACGGGCUGCUCUAUUUCAAACGCCGUUUGUAUGUCAGCCCCACCUCCUCUCUUCGGGAUCAGCUCCUCCAUGAAUUUCACUCCACUCCUGUCGCCGGUCACCAAGGGAGAGAACGCACAUUCCGCCGACUAGCCCAGGUGUUCUAUUGGCCUUCAAUGCGGAAAGACGUGCGUCGAUUUGUGGCCUCCUGCCUGGUCUGUCAAAUGACCAAAUACUCCACUCAGAAACCGGCCGGGCUGCUACAACCUCUUCCGAUCCCAAGUCAGACCGGGUUCGAUGCUCCUCGUGUGGCCCAAUUAUUCGUUGAGGUUGUGGUCAAGCAUCAUGGGUUUCCUACAUCACUUGUCUCAGAUAGGGAUUCGGUUUUCAUGGGGAGUUUUUGGCGGGAGCUCAUGCGCCUUAGCGGCACGUCCCUUAAGUUCUCCACCGCUUACCACCCACAAUCCGAUGGCCAAACCGAGGUGGUCAACCGAAGCGUGGAGCAAUACCUUCGCGCGUUUACAUUCGAGCGGCCGUCGAAGUGGGCACACUUUUUACCCUGGGCAGAGUUGGCGUUAAAUUGCAGUCACCACGAAGGGCUGGGGCUGUCACCUUUUCAAGCCUUGUACGGUCGGCCUCCACCAUCCCUUUUCCCAACGCUGGCCGUACGGUCCAAGGAUCCCCGCGUCGAAGAAAUACUCUCUGAGCGUGCUGACUUGCUGCAUGAUUUGAAGGCUCAGUUGGAGAAGAUGCAACACCGGAUGCGUGCCCAGGCAAACCGUCAUCGGCGCGACGUGGAGUACGUUGUGGGGGACCUUGUGCUCCUGAAAUUACACCCCUAUCGGCAGCACUCCCUAGCACGCCGGGUAUCUGCCAAGCUUGCCCAACGCUUCUAUGGGCCCUUCCAGGUGGUUGAACGCGUUGUAGCCACCUUGCCAGACGCCUUCUUCAAGGGACGCCCAAUAUCCACCCCUGUCACGGCGAUCGCCAGUCGGGUGGUGAUGGUCGACGGCAACUCACAGGAACAAUGGUUGAUCAGGUGGUCUGACGGGUCUGACAGUGACACUACGUGGGAACCGGUUACAGCAUUGCGCGAACAUUUCCCCGAUCUAUGCCUUGAGGACAAGGACGCUUCUAACCCGGGGGGAGUUGAUACGGGCACGGGUGCAGCCAAUGCGGAGGUUGUGACAAUUACGGAGCGGCCUCAGAGACAGGUUAAACCGCCCAAGCGAUACCAAGAUUAUAUUUAAUUUAUUUUAUUAUAUGGUUUAUUGUACCGUAGAUUUUUACUAGGUGAGCAGUAAUUAUAAUGCUCCUUCGAGGGUUUCUUUUCGGUUCUUUACCUCGUCGCUUUUCUUGAACCAACAGGAUAGAUAAUUUAGUAAAUUAGGUUUGAGAAGGAUUCACUAUAAAUAGGGUCUCUUGUA